GCUGCCUGCCGGUGCCGGGGACUGGUGGUGAGGAGACGCUACAGCGCUGUCAGGACCGGACCGUGAACCCGGAGACGGUACACACUGACGCGAACGGAGACACAGGAUGGAGCGGAUGUCUGAGGAGGCGCUGAGGCUCAACCUGCUGAAGCGAGGCCUGGAGUCCCCCAGCGAGCGAGAGGAGGCGCUGGCUAAGCGCCUCAAAAUGGAGGGUCACGAGGCCAUGGAGCGCCUCAAGAUGCUGGCACUGCUAAAACGCAAGGACCUAGCUGACCUAGCAGCCCUGGAGGUCGCAGGGCCCCUGGGAGAUGGGAAGGGCCCUGGAGCCAGCUCCCUUCACCACCAGAGCCUAAUGGGUGCUGCUUAUGAAGAGAAACUCAAUGGGAGUCUAAGGCUGGGAGGCCAUGGAGGCCAUGGUGGCCAUGGAGGCCAUGGUGGCCAUGGCAUCCAUGUUGGACCCAGUAAGAAUGGGAAGGAGAACAUCCUUGAUGAGCCAGUGGAUAUGAGUGCUGGGAGAAGAUGUGAUGUGGAGCAUGACAGACGAACUCCGUCUCCAGAUGUUAUUAUCCUAUCAGACAAUGAAGCGUCCAGUCCCAGAACAACACCUCGUCCUGAGGAGCGCCUACACCAGGCCAACCUGGACAUGUUUAAGGGAAAGACCGGAGAGGAGAGGCAGCAGAUGAUCAAAGCUCUGAAAGAGGAGCUACGUCUGGAGGAGGCUCGACUGGUGCUGCUGAAGAAGCUCAGACAGAGUCAGAUGCAGAAAGAGAACGUGGUGCAGAAGGUCCCGGUGGUCCAGAACGCUGCGUCCUCUGUUCAGCCUCCUGCCAUCCACAGCUCUCCUGGCAUGGGGAAGCUGCCCAUGAGGCCGGGCCUGCACAACCCUGAGCCCCAGAACCUCCGUACUGCACAGGGUCAUACUGUCAUCAGGUCAGCAGCCAAUGCCAACCUGCCACCAAUGCUAAUGUCCCAGCGAGUGAUAGCCCCCAACCCGUCCCAACUGCAAGGCCAGAGGAUUCCCUCCAAGCCUGGAAUGUCACGUUCCAGCUCUGGCAGCAUGGCCAAUGCUGUCAGCUACCAGCAGGCAAGCCAGCAAGUGGCAGCUUCUCAGCGCUCAGGCUCCAGUGCCAUGUACAUGAACCUGGCCCACAUGCAAGCAGCAGCAGCGGCCGGCGGGGUGGCGGGUGGCCUGGGCGGAGCUUCGGCUGUUAGCCCAUCAACCAUGUCCGGUUCAGCCAGCGGAGGGGUGAGCUCCAUGGCUGACCAGGCCAGCAGCCAGGCAGCAGCCAAACUGGCCCUCAGGAAGCAGCUGGAGAAAACCCUGUUGGAGAUCCCUCCACCCAAACCCCCGGCCCCACUUCUCCACUUCCUACCCUCUGCCGCCAACAGCGAGUUCAUCUACAUGGUGGGCCUGGAGGAGGUGGUGCAGAGUGUGCUUGACAGUCAGGGUAAACUCAGAGGGACACUGGCCCGCAUGGAGCCCUUCUUCUGUGCUCAGUGCAGAACUGACUUCACCCCUCACUGGAAGCAAGAGAAGAGUGGGCGAAUCCUCUGUGAGCAGUGCAUGACGUCAAAUCAGAAGAAGGCUCUGAAGGCGGAGCACACCAACAGGCUGAAGAAUGCAUUCGUGAAGGCCCUGCAGCAGGAGCAGGAGAUUGAACAGAGGCUGCAACAGCAGGCAGCCCUCUCUCCCAGCUCAGUUCCUACGGGCCCCAACGCCUCUAAGACUGAUACCAUAAUGCGACAUCAUGCCCUUCGCCAGGCUCCCCAGCCUCAGGCCUCCAUGCAGAGAGGUCUGUCCAACUCGGCGCGAGGUGUUCUAUCAAACUUCGCUCAGGCCUCCCAGCUGUCAGUGGCCAGCAGCCUCAUGGGAAUGACUAGUGCUAAGCACUGUGGAAGCGGUGGAAGCAGCAGCAGUAGCAGCAAUAGACUGCAGCAUGACAGCCGUCGCCAGAUCUACAACAUCCCAGGGUUAAAUAUUGCCUAUCUGAACCCAGCGGCAGUUGGAGCGCAUAAGAGCUCCAGCUUAGCAGACCGGCAGAGAGAGUACCUGUUGGACAUGAUCCCACCUCGAUCCAUAUCGCAGUCCAUCACCGGACAGAAAUGAGCCCAGACCAGCCCUCCUGCCCCUCUGAUGUCACACCCAUCCUGCCCCUCUUCCCCCAAACUGAAGCACUCCCAGAUCAACCAACAUCCCCCAACCCCACCGCAUGCAGUGCCUGUCCGUGUGCCUACCUUAAACCAACCCAUGAAAACCCACUAAGUCGGACAAAGACACUAAACUGUCAGUGCAUCUCCAAUGUUCUUAUGAUAGUAAAAAUUGUCUUCGUCAGCAUUGUUUAACAAUUAUAAUUCCCAUUAUUAUCGCUGUUGGUAGCACUAUUAUUAUUAUUAUUAUUAUUAUUAUUAUUAUUAUUAUUAUACCUGCAACUACCCUUUUUGCUUCAGUUAAUAUUACUCAUUAUGCUUUUUCUUUUCCAAGUGUUUGGUCCCUUUUUUGUUUCUCUUCUGUCUCUUCUUCACUUUGGGGAGUGACGGUGAAUCAUUGUAGGGUCGCUUUAGGCCACAGUCACUUAGGAUUACUUUACUCCUUUUAAUUAUAAUGCUUAGAUGUGACUUUUGCUAGUAACAGAAGAUCAACAGGGUGCAUUCUGGUUGCUAUGCAACAUAAAGUUUAACAACUUAAGCUUGCUAAGUUGAAAAUACUGAUAGGUACAAAAACAGACAAAAUUAAGUUAGUGACUGCUCUUGAAAGGGCCUGUUCUUGAAAUAAAAAAUGCGAGGGGGGCUGAAAGGUUAAAGCGGAGCAUCUACACUUGUAUCAUCACGUUAAAAGGGUAAGAUUCAAAGGCUGUUUUGCACUGACACAGAGUUCAAGUCCAACCUGGCGUCCAGGGCAGCAUCAGAGGUGCACAUAUGUACAAAAGAGAAUCUUGAGUGAAAAGCAUUUGGAGAAGAUUUUCCUUUGGUAUUCGGCUCCCACAUUCCUCAUCAAGAGAUCUUCAUCGGUUUCUUCACUUCAGAUGUCAGCUUUUUGUUACAAAUUUGAACUGUUACCAGAUGGAUGUAACCAGGAUUUCCCGCAACUGGCAGACACCAUCAGCGGACCAGCAGUCCAUAUAGACUCUAAUGAGGAGGGAGCUGACGGGGGACGGGAGGAUGUUGUCUACAAGUUAAGCCAAUAUUCACUUCACAGGGGGCAAUGGUCUGUCAGAGAGAGCACAUUGAUUGUCCUUCCUGGUUCCAUCCCAUCUCACUACCUCCCACUGACCUCCGCCAUGCCCCCCCUCACAACCAUUGUUCAUCCAGUGCACAGACUGAAGCUUUUGUACCCAGCAACUCCUCUUUGCAUCACAUAGAAGGUGAAACAAACUCAAAUCUGAAGGUGGAAUUACAAUUUGUGUGUCCAAAUCUCAGAUUCUCUACCUAGAAACCUACAAUCUGGGUUCCUUUGCUUCUAUUUGGGUUUUUAGAUAUUCACAUUGUUGCACCCACCCCUAAACUUUCUGUGCUUUAUUUUGAUUAGUUUAUCUGGAUUUUUGUUUGUUUAAUUUUUUUUCGGCGUCUCUUAAUGAAUUGGUGGCGAACCUGAAAGGUAUUAGCCCCUGGAGACGAUAAUAAUCAACAUAGCUAAAAACACAAACUAUGGAAAUAUCUGUAUGGUUUAUGUAUAGAUACCUAGCUUGAGAUAAAAAAAAAAAGGUUGAGGAUUUUAUCUUUUAUGGGAGAGACAUGGAUCAAUCAUUGUGUGCAUGCUCUGCACACAAGUUCCCUCACUCCACAGGAGCACUUUGCUUAUUUCCAAUUGGAAAAACUUUUUUUAAAGAAAAAAGGAACAGAAUGUCACAGUUGAGAGUGGCUAUGUUCUGGAAGCUGGCUGAUGGUUGACCAGAGCAAGGGGGCAUGUCACCAAGUAGCAUUCUAAUGGCUGAUGAAAAGUUCAAUUCUAAUUUACAUUGCUAAAUGUUUCAGUUUCUACUUUCACGGUGUGCUUGGUUAGAGACAGACUGUGUACGCUGUACAUACAAGCUGCUGCUGGCUGGAGUACACAAGAGUACAUGAGUACCUGAGUACAUAUAACAGCAUCAGUCCCACUGACUCACGGUCUGAUGAACCCAGCAGUAACUGAAACUUUAAAGCAAUCCCAUCUCUUAAUUCUUAAGUCUGAACUACAUGACUUUGGACUAAAUCCUCAACUGAUGGGGGAUCUGCUUCGAUCAGUUUGAUAUUGCAACACUGACUCACAGAUAGAAACCAGGUCCUGAAUCAAGAUACAGGACUUAGACAGAUUUGCCAUGUGAGCCCCAGUACUCAUGGGAGAGCGAUGAGACAUUCACAUAAAAGUUAGCAUGAGAAAAUGUCUCUCCUGUGGGGAGUUCAAAAUGUACACGUGUGAGGUUAGAGUGGCUCAAUAAAUCACACUCCCUACUUUUUCUUAUACUUAAUGUGACUACAGUGGAACCUGUUGUUUGCUCCAGGCUUUUUAGUGUCCCCAGCACUCUGAAUGUUACUACGUGAUACGGUUAAAUGAUGCUCUUAAUGCAAACCAAAUGUAAAAAACACAUUUGUACCCGUUUUCCACCAGCUGUUGCAUGUUCAAAUAUCUUUUUUAGAGUUCAUCCGUUUGCUCUUGUUUUCCAGCCGUUUGACCAGAUCAUGCAUCAACACAGAGUGCUUAGCUCACAAAUAGAGCCAUAAUUACCCAAACAUAUUUAGCACAGACAUUCACUCAGUGACUUACCGACACACACUGCUGCAGGAACACAAACCAGUAUCAUCUUUACAUCUGGUGAUUAAGACUACUGUGGAUUUUUCUUCUCAGAUGUUGGCCACUCAAGUGAUGCCUAUGACGUGCAGGCUUUUAGCUGUUCACUGCUACAGAGAGUCCUACUAUGAUAUUUGUCUUGCUUUGCACAUUUAAUUCACUGAACUGUUGAAUCUGUUCAGUUGUGUAAAUAUUUCAUUUGGAGGCAACAAUGUCCCAUGAGUUUCCUCAGUCAUGGACUGCGUCACUUAGUGAGCCUUGAGACCCAGACAGUUCAGACCUGUGGAAUUAACACAGAAAUUCCUCUUGAUCUUCUUUUGAGGGGUCUGCUGCACUAGCUUCACAAAAGCAUAUGUCCCAAUCAAGUCUACAUUUGCAGUUCCUGGUAGUGGCUGUCAGUCUCCAUAUUGGCUGAACUCUGAUGUAAAACAAACAACUCAUCAAUGGUUACCUCAGACGUCUGUACUACGAAGCAGAAUAUGUGGUUAGCAAGAUUGCUUUAGGUUUAAGCCUUGUUUUUCAACAAAACAAAGCUGGAUCAUUAUUUCUGACAUAUCAGCAUUGUAACUUACACACCGUACUUACUCUAAAGAUAAGACGUCAACAUGUAUAAUGCAGUAUCUUCUGACCAAUCAUUUCUCUUGAUGCAAUGGAACUUAGUUAGCAUAUAGUAAAUUGGUCCUUAAGUGAGGCAGCGUGUUCAGACACAAAUACCUCUGACUUUACCUGAAUAUUAAUUUUGAUGAUAAAUCCACCAGCACUUCCGCAGGAGUGUUCUCCUGUGUACAAGGGCCCUCUCCUGUCUUCUUCAUAAAUUGUUUUCCUCUUGCUGAAGCAAUGUCAAAGACAUUUAACUGUGCUUUCGUGCACUGACAUCAUCCUAUAUCAGAGACUGACUGAAGCACUAAAACUUGUACCAAAAAGAUAUGAAAGUAAGCCUACUUACCACUUAGAUUUAUUUUCUUGUAUUUAUUUGCAUCUGACAGCGCUGGGGUAGCAGUUAAGAGAAUAAGGCUAAAAAAAUACAAGCAUGAAAAUUAUAUUCAGAUCUACUUUGGCUGUAAUGACUGAACAUUGAUGUUAUCAGAACAUUAAAUUACACAUUCACACAGUUGGUGAUAUUAGGGCUGCUGUCCUUCCUGCAUUUGGCAGCUGCAGCUGUUUUUUUUUAUCCUGGAUCAUGUGUUAAACCAAUUCAUAUUGUUCCUUCCCUCUGUUUGCCGCUCUGCUGCCAAUAAACGUGUCAUUGGUCAUGUCCUGCAAACACUGCCCCUUAUAUGUUAAGGUGCUCAGGAAAGCCUGGGUUGACUUAUCGAGUUGAUAAUCACCGUCAUAUGACAUUAUUUAGCUUUGUGGAGCCAGAUAACAAAGAUAUCCUGGGUAUGUUGAGCCUGCUUUGUAGUACAAGGCCCUGAAGUGCUGAUCUCUUAAGUUUGAAGUAGCAAAUCAAUCAUUCCAAGCAGUGUUUCAGUCAGUGUGCAAUGUUACUCAUUGACAUAGUGACUCCUUACAGGAGAGCUGAGGGGCUAUGAAUUCAGUUUGGGGUUAGAAGCAGGAGAACCAGCCAGUUGACAGCUUUGAGUGGGCUAUCAAACAGAAGGUGAAGAAAAGGUCUCACACUUUCACCCUUAUUCCACAAUCUUUUUAGUGACUUAUUUUAGCAUGACAUUCAGUCAAUGUCAGACUUCAUUUAGGUUGGUGCACAUAUACUGAUGAAACAUACACAGAUCCAUCAUUGACCUGAGCCUGCCACUGUUACAGAGUGGUACAGGUGGGCUACCACGGUUUUCUGGUAGGCAUGUUGAAUUCCAGCUCAGGUUUCUGUCCAGUCGACUUUAUUACUUGGACAAUAUCUGGUUGUUGGCUUUCUAAUCAUACGACUGGCUACAUUACAGUCACUUCAUUUUGAAUUCCUACUCACCUUUUAUCAGACACCAGAAUUGGAUUCUGUUCACUUUGUCAGUUGUUGAGCAAAUACUGUACUUACCUAACAAAUGAUAUUCAGCUUCAAGUGGCUCUUUCUCAAAGCCAGUAAACAUUUUAGCUUCUCACAAAAAAAUUAAAUGGAAAGAGAAAGUAAAGCACUUCAUAUGGAGGAGUGUGUGUAUAUGUGCAUGUCUUUCUAUGGUUGUGAGGAACAAAAGCAGCAAUGUGAGCGCAUUUUGACUUGUGUGGACCGAGCGUUUUGAGGGUUUAAAGGUUCUGAUUAGAAUCAUGUUUAGGUUAGGGUAAUGGUUGGAAUUAGGCUUUUAGUUGUGAAGGGUAAGGUAUGGGUAAGGUAUAAAGGAACGUCUUAAUUCAAUUAGUGCCCUCACAACCAUAAAAAGACAAAUGUGCGUGCAUGUGUAUGUGUGUGUCCUGGCAAGUCUUGUGUAUGUACAGUAGUAGAAGCUAGCAGCAGUAGUGUUCAUAUCAUUGUUGAAUUAGCCCAGCAGCUAGUUAGCUAAAGUAGCUAACACAGGCCACCUCUAUAUUCACUCCUGUUCCACUUAUUGCUCUGUCGUCUUUCAUUGACGGCUCCUAUCUUCAGCUAAAAUAUGAUACUGAAGUUAGUAUCAGGUCUUCAGAUAGUGAACAAAAUCAUGACAUUAACCUUGUUGCAGGGAAGCCGUCAUUUUAACAGAAAAAUCGGAUGAUGUGUGCAGUUGUUUCAUAGCUGGUGAUGCAGCAGAGUGUUUGAUAGUUUGAGCCUUCAUGGGGAAAAAUACAUCAUAUGACCAAAGGUCAGGGAGGCACAGGUUCCGAGACCAUUUUGGUCAAACCCAAGACCGUAUCACAGUAUGUCCUUACCUUGAGUACAAGACAGUCUCUUCAGGUGUAUCUGACUGUGUACAGGAAAGUCAUUGAAGGAGGUUGUCGGUUGAACUGUAAGUUAGUUUGUGGUGAACUCUUCCAGCCAGACUGUUAGGUGUGUUCUGGUUGAUCGUAUUCUCCUGCCCAGUGAAUAGAAGACCUUGGCCACGACUAUGAAACUACCUAGGGCUAGAUUCACAGAUGCAAACUGAAGUACAUUUUUGUUCAUCAUAUAAGAAACAGGCGUCAGUUUUCCCUCUGGUGGAAGAGUCUAAAUUGGAUGUAGAGAUAUAUUUUCAUGAAUUUUUAACAUCUGGGACAAAUUUUUACUUUAUGUUUUUGACAUGCAUCUCCUUUAGCUGCCAAGCUGAAGCCGAAGAUAAAAAAAAGCUCCUGUCUCUCUCUUGCUCUUUUGCAGAUGCAUCCUCACACCUUUUGUAUUUGAACUGCAGAUUCUUUUCAAACGUCAAUUUUUAGAUUUCCAAAGUCAUUCUUCUCUGACGUCUCAAAUAAGUUCUCUUUUCUUUAUAUUGCAGUUUAAAAAAAUAAAAAAUAAAAUGUAUUGACUAUGAAAUAAAUUACACGAUAUUUGCUAGGUUUGAAGUAAUAAUGACUUAUUGUACAUAAGCAUUUUUUUUCCUCCCUUGUACUGAAAAAAUAAAUUAAAUGGUUGUAUAUUGUGUAGAAAAGCAAACAAAAAGCCAUGAAUAUUGUGAAGCUUGUCAUUUCGUUUUGUGAUCACUGUGUGUUAUUGUGUAACUAAUGUGCAAAAUGUUUGGGAUACUUUUUUUUCCCCUCCCCUGCUUGUUGAAGCGAUCUCCCUGGAUGCAUUGCUUCGAUUUUGGACUAGUAAGAGUUUGCAGGAAAGUGCUCAUUGGUUCAGACAAAAAGGUUCUGCCAUCACACUACACACCUCAGCAUUACUUUGUUUAUCUAGAAUGGUUUCCUGAACCUGCUCUAGAUAAAAGCACUUUGAUGCUUCACUGUGUGUGUUGAAUUCAAUGGACCCCCGUUAUAUAAUGGUUUGAUCCAGGAUCGGGCUGUUGCAUCACUUUUCUGAUACCGGCCUCUCACUAAAAGAAGCAGACUGGUGUUUUUUGCUAUAUGACAUAACAGCUGACCACUUGCACAUGCCCAAACAUCCGGGCAGUCUUUGGCUUCCUUUGAACCACAAAGACAUUUUUAACAGCUGAACUGGACACUGGAGGCUGAAUCAUCUGUGCGGCUCACUGUAAUGAAAUAUGACAUUUAGAAAGUCACAUUUAGGUGUCUAGUGUCCUGCUGCUCUGAAGAAUCCAUAGAACACACUGGGCACAGUUGUCAUGAGGAUGAUGUCAUUGGCAGAAUAUCAUUGGUUCACAUUGACUCAUGUCAACAAUGACAUUUAUCCCUGUAAUCCUUCAGUGCUAUGAUCUCAUAACUUGGACAAAUGAAAGCAGAAAACAUCAUCUGUAUGCUCAUACAUGUAAAUUGUUGUCCUCACUAAGAAGUAGGCAUUUCUGGAGGUAAUACAAAGAAGCGUAACUUUUAUACAGAACUUUGCCACAAAAUGUUUCAGGUAUGUGUCCAUGCAAAGCUCUGACAUCAAACCUGGACUGACUUUAUAAGAUCAGCUACUGCUCAAGCUGAGAAUUACAGACCCUGAAUCAGUGAUCACUUUUCCUGCCAACACCAGCAUACAACAUGUAUGGUCCUCUACUGUUUGGCUUUAUAUUCUAUACGUUGUUAUAGCUAAUGCAGGGGAGCAUUUAAUUGCAAAAUCUGUUUUAUCAAUUUUGGGAUUUACCAGUAGAAGCGUUUCUUUUUGUCUAAUGACAGUGUCGAAAUAAACAUCUGGGAAGUAGAAACAGAAGAUGAAAUUACCAGAUAUUAAUUGAAGUCCUUUUGGUUUUGCUUACAUCAAUCCUGACCUAUUGCACAUACUUGAUAUUUAACGGUCUUCAAAAGAGUAAAAGAAAAUAAUGCCUCUGAAUACUGCCAGUUGAUUGACAAUUAUGCAUUGAUUGAAAAAAUAAGCUAAUUUUGGAGGAAAUAACUUUGUAAUAUUUAUCUCUUGCAAGCUAUGUUUAAUAAAGGUUGAAACAUUU